AUGGCAACCCAACAAUCGCCGACGGGCCCUCUCGCCCACCAACAUCACUAUGGCGCGCCAGUGCGUCCUGGACCUGGACCAGGUCCAGGGCCACCACCGCCCAACGGUCCCAUGCCCAUGCAGCAACCACCGCAGAACAAGCCCGCGACUCAAUAUCUUGCCGCCGCGAACGAGCAAAUGUGGCUGCAAAUCGGCCAGCUUUCCGAAGUGAUGGGAGAGUUGGAUGGAGCGACUGCAUCAUACGAACGCGCCAUGAGCUUCAAUCAGUGGUCGGUGCCUGCCAUGUUGGCCAUCUCAUGCAUUCUGCGCUCCAAAGAUCGUUUCACGGACGCCGUGGAGUUUCUCAGGCAGAUUCUCAAGGUUGAGCCAACCAACGGAGAGGUCUGGAGCAGUCUGGGCCACUGCUAUUUGAUGAUGGACGAUUUGCAACAGGCAUACUCGGCGUAUCAACAGGCCUUGUACCAUCUGCCAGACCCUAAAGAGCCAAAGCUGUGGUAUGGUAUAGGAAUACUGUACGAUCGGUACGGAUCUUUGGAGCACGCAGAGGAGGCAUUCUCGCAAGUGAUGCGAAUGGAGCCUAACUUUGAAAAAGCCAACGAGAUUUACUUCCGAUUGGGAAUCAUCUACAAACAGCAGCAAAAGUUUUCGCAAAGUCUUGAGUGUUUCCGCUACAUCGUGAAUGAUCCGCCUCGUCCUCUUAGUGAGGAAGACAUUUGGUUCCAGAUCGGCCACGUGCACGAGCAACAAAAGGAUUACGAGUCUGCCAAGGCAGCGUACACUCGUGUCCUCGAGCGUGACCCAACUCACGCCAAGGUGUUGCAGCAACUUGGUUGGCUACACCACCAACAAAGUACGAGCUUCAACAGCCAAGAGCAAGCAAUCGAGUAUCUGGAGAAGUCUGUCAAUUCUGACCAAACGGAUGCACAAAGUUGGUACCUGCUCGGCCGAUGCUACAUGUCACAGCAGAAGUAUCCCAAGGCGUAUGAAGCAUACCAACAGGCCGUCUAUCGCGAUGGCCGGAAUCCGACCUUUUGGUGCUCCAUCGGUGUGCUCUACUACCAGAUUAACCAGUACCGGGACGCCCUGGACGCCUACUCCCGUGCUAUUCGACUGAAUCCAAAUAUCUCAGAGGUCUGGUACGAUCUUGGCACACUGUACGAAUCGUGCAACAAUCAAACCAGCGAUGCACUCGACGCCUACUCRAGAGCUGCUGACCUGGACCCUACCAAUGUUCACAUCAAAGCCCGUCUGGCUCUCCUCAAGGGGCAGCCGACCACUGGUCUGCCAAACUCAGGCAACGCUCCACUGCCUCAGGAUGUACAUCCGCAAGCUUAUCAGCCCGGUGCUCUUGGAGGUGGUCCUCCCGGCCCUCAAUGGGGUGCUCACUCCCAGAACCCACCACCUGCUGGACCUGCACCGCCCCCACUCGCCCCCGGCAACAAUUGGGGAGGUAGCCGUCUCGCUGAGCUGCAGAAUCCACAAAUGCAACCUCAGCCGGUGAACCCUUAUGAGCAGCGCGAUYGCCUGCCACCUCAGCAGCAACAACARCAGCAGCAGCAGCAGCAGCAACAGCAGCCGCCUCCUCCUCCACAGGCUCAACAGCAGCAGCCACCAAGACAGCCAAGUCCGCCUGCAUCUCGCUCUUACCAAGAUCAACCUCAGCGCCCACCACCACCUCCGCAUAGAGGCCUCUCGCCAUCGCCCAAAGGUCAGCACUCCGCACCUGCGCCAUUCCAACCCGGUCCACCUCAUCAACAGCCGAUGCCACCUCAUCAGCCACAUCCACACCAGCAAGAAGCAGGGCGUCCAUCAUUUGCAUCACAACAGCUCAAUGGCCCGCCGCCGCCGCCGCCACAUAAUGGCAUGUCUACUCCUGGACCCCAGUCUGCGCUACCACCCUUCGCCCGGCCGCAGGACAACCCACCUGAAAUAAGACCUCUCGUGGGUAACCCCGCUCCAUCCCCUGGAGGUAGCCAGUAUCCUCGCGCGCCGUACGAGCACCACCCGAACACAGCGGCACCAAGCAUUGCAAGUGGUGCGCCACCUCCUUCCUCUGCUCAGACUGCCGCCGAUGCUGCAGCACGUGAAAGGGAAGAAAGGCCACCCAGCGCGGCGCCAAAGCGACUCCGUGAAUGGGAAGAUGAACCGAACGCGGGCUCUUCCAAAAAGGCUACCACAGAUGAAAGCCGCUCGAGGCUUGAUGAGAUUAAGCUUCAUCGUGUCUCGCCUUCGGAGAAAAUGGCGACUCCUCCCAUUCGUAGCCCAUCUGAGAUGCGGCGGGUCSACGAGGCAAGGCCUUCGUCCGCCUACCAUCCCUCUGAGGCGGCUCAUCACCCGCCCUCUCUCCCAUCCAUGCAGUCGAUCACCAAUCAGUCUCCGCGAAUGUCUGCCCCUCCACAGGAGGAGCCGCGCCCAGUUGCUGCACCACAGCCACAGCCACAGCCGCAGCCAACUCCAGUAUACGAGCCUGCUGCUAGGAAGAUGGAAGUUGACGAGAACUAUGAUGACAGCGGUGAUGAGAAAAACUCCACGACGAAGCAGGAAAGCCGGAGGAAUACUCCGAAGCCAGUCAACGGUGUAGCCCCAGCCCCGCCUGCCAACGGGACCUCUGAGCAACAGACUUGA